UAAAGAAUAUUAUUUUGUUUUGUAUAUAAAGAAGAAGAAAGCAUGAAAAUAAGAACAUGAAGUGAAAUGGGUGCUUCUCUAUCAGAGCUAGAGCAACCACCAGAAACACAUCAAAAUUCACAGUCACAGCCACAACAACACCAACAUCAACCAAAUGAACCAACCAAUUAUAAGGAAUUAAGAUUACCUUCCAGAACGGAAAAUUUGUUGCUGUCUCCUCAACAUCACACACAACCCUCUACCAAUAGCACAAAGUCAGUACCAAAUGCAAAAGUUGUACUAAAAACUAAUGAGAGUACUCAAUCAGCAGCAAAACCUUUGGUCAAUCAACUAAGUUUACCACAUAACUAUGAGUACAUAUUGAAAGAUGCUGACUCAACUAUUGAUAAAUCUUCAAGGGAAAAGCUUUGUGAUCAGCUAUACGCUGGAGUGUUCUUAGAUCAUAAAACUAAGAAAUAUUGGGUAGAGAAGAAGUGUAACGCCAACUGUUUCAUGUUGUAUGCAAGAGCACUGUCAAUCACCUGGGGUGAAAAUCAAAUUUAUUGGAAAUGGAUACAGCAAAAAGAUGCCAGUGGCUCAGUGACUGAGGUGGCUGAACUGAAGAGUGUAUGUUGGCUAGAAGUGCAUGGAAAAUUUGACACAAGAAAGCUUUCACCAGGAAUUUUGUAUCAAGUUUCAUUUGUUAUAAUGUUGAAAGAUCCAGCUGAAGGUUGGGAACUUCCAGUAAAUGUUAGACUUGUCCUUCCUGGAGGAAAGAAUCAGCUACACAAGGAAAGUUUAAUAGACAAGUUAAGGGCACGGUGGAUAGAGAUUCCAGUUGGUGAGUUUGUAGCAUCUGAAAAAGAUGUUGGUGAUGCAGAGGUAUCUAUGUAUGAAUAUGAAGGUGGUAUGUGGAAGCGGGGUCUUAUCAUCAAAGGGGUUGCCAUCAAACCAAAGGAAUAAGAAAUAUAUAUUUAUGUAACGUAAUGUGGGAAGAAAGCUUACUUUCAUUAUUAUAAUAAAUAGAACAAAUAAAUCACCACCAAGAGUCCUUUUUUGUAUUUCAUAAUAUCAUACCAUACUGCAGUAUACCAUUGUCAGGGCGAAGGGGAGGGUUCCAAGUUUGGCACACCAGAGACAUUUGCCUGUUACAAAUAUCAUAAACUCAAUAUUACACAUUAGUGUCCCAACAUAUUACUAAGUAAUGUUCCAUAAUUGUGUUAUAUCACUAAAUGAUUAUCUGCUAAUUUUGCAUUGCUUAA